CACACACACACACACACACAAUCACGGCCCAGUGAUAAAGCGAGCCAGAUGACGCACCGGACACUGAGGGGCGAUGCGCUGAGGAGAGGAGCUGAGGCUGCUCUUGCCUUCUCCCUACUUGAGGACAGGUGGAUGUGACACCUGGAGGCAUGGCGCACUGAAUUCCACCCCUCCACCGAAGACAGCUCACUAGUUGUCUAUUAAUCCUGGUUCUUCACCUUUACGAUGGAUAUUUACGCCUCCACUUUAUCACCAGCGGUGGACAUCUGUGUCGGCUGUUACCUGCUUGUUUUGGCUGUGUUGUCCAUCUUUGGGAAUGUUCUUGUCCUCAUCAUGGCGUACAAAAGGUCAUCGCGGAUGAAGCCGCCGGAGCUGCUGACCGUGAAUCUGGCGGUGACCGACCUGGGAGCGGCCGUCACCAUGUAUCCCCUGUCCGUGGCCUCCGCCUGGAGCCACCACUGGAUCGGGGGAGAUGCCAGCUGUGAUUAUUACGCCCUGGCAGGAUUCUUCUUUGGCGUCGCCAGCAUCAUGAACCUGACCGUCUUGGCCAUCGUGCGCUGUGUUGUCUCCCUCAAUCUGCACUCUCACAAGGAGAGAAUCAGCUGGCUGAAGGUGAAGAUGCUGUGCAUGUGGUGUUGGCUGUGGGCACUGAUCUGGGCUCUGUUCCCUCUACUGGGCUGGGGUCGAUACGGCCCGGAGCCCUUCGGAUUGUCCUGCUCCCUUGCCUGGGGAGAGAUGAAACAGUACGGCUUCUCUUUCGUCCUCUCCAUGUUCACCGCCAACCUCCUCAUGCCUUCCGUCAUCAUCGUUUUCUGCUACUUUGGCAUCGCCAUCAAGCUCUACUGCAUCUACAGAAAGUCCAACAACACCAACCAGGUCAAAAAUUUGAUCAAGCUGCAUCGGAGGCUGUUGAUGAUCGCUGUCCUGAUCAGCGUGGGCUUCAUAGCCUGCUGGACGCCCUACGCCCUGGUGAGCAUGUGGUCCAUUAUCUACGACAGCAGCAGCAUCCCACCUGAGGUCAGCCUUCUGCCCUGCAUGUUUGCGAAGAGCUCCACCGUGUACAAUCCCCUGAUUUACUACAUGUUCAGCAAGACCUUCCAAAGAGAGGUAAAGAAGCUGCUAUGGCUGUGCCUCCACUGUAACUCGUACCCCAGUGCCGACACCAUCAAUGAAACGGGGAUUUACUUGGUCAGUACCAACCUCAAGCCCAAAAUCGGCGCGCGGUCUGAGCUGAGAGAGCAAAGUUUGACUCUGGGUUGAAAGACUUUCCUGCUCUAAACUGAGGGAACGUCAGAUGGUCUCACAAUGUUUUCUUUCACAAAACGUUAUCAAGAAACCUCUCUUUUCAGUACAAAUAGUGUUUGCUGUCCUGACACAGGAAGCAGGGUACUUAUGGUCUCUAUUUAGUGUGAGGCCAGUAUUUUUGCGCAAAACAAUGCUGCGAAGUCAACGAGCUAAGCUACAAAGUAGAGCUAACUAAUACUCUGUUGAUUAAACCUGCUACCGAAGAAGUUACUGCGGUGAACUGCUUUGAGUUUUGUCAUUCCCAUGUACUGCACAUGUUUACUCGACUACACAGCACAUUGAAAAAGAGACAGCCACACAGACCUCAAGAAAACAAACAACAAACCAAAGGUUGUUCAGCAUAAAUUGCCAAAAAUACUUAUUUUAGAUCUCAAAGUUACAUCUGCAGCUCAUUUGUUGGAAUAGUUGCUUUUGGAUGAUUUUUUGACACAAAACCCACUCAAUGGAAACUAUAACAGCUGAAAGUGGAACAUGUUUCAUAAAUCUGCCUCAAAGAAAAAAAAUAUAUUCCAUGUUGUUGGGUUCUUGGAAGAAGGCAGUAUGAAACAGGUAAUUGUCAUUGUGUAUCAUAUGAGUAUCAGACAUAUUUGCAUUUUUAGUAUGUUAGGCUUCAUCUGGAAUGUGAGCAUCUGUUAUAUGAAAGGAUUAGACUGACAUUAUUUGAUUAUUAUCAUUCAAAGAUUUGGAACAAAAACUGAAUUUAUUUGACUAUUUACAGCAUUGUUAUGUACUGUGAAGCGAAGAGGUCCCUGUGGCGGAGUGUGUCGUCCAAAUGCAAAAGGUCGACCUAUUUUUCUUUGUUUCUGUGAAUCGAAGUCAGAACAGCAUCAUGCUAAUCUAGCAUAAGGACUAUAAACAGAGGGAACAGCUGUAGUUUCCAAAUCCAUCGUAACAUGUUGUUACAAAUUCAACAUAACACAGCAAAAGAGACAUAUCAUGCUUUUUCAGUUUUUUGUGUGUCAUAUUGGUUUAUUAUGAUUGUAAAAGGUCUGCAAAGUUAAAAAGCUUGAUGUUGCAGUAAUGGGAGCUCCUGACAGACAGGCUGAGAACAUGUGCUUUUCAGCUGCUGCAGCAAUGGACGGUUUGAGAAAAGUGAUGGGUUUUCCGAACAUUAGAGCAUAUAAACCAUUCUAAAUUACCCAAGUUAAAAUUAUGAACCUGAAUAUGAGCAUUAGAUGUCACCUUUAGUUUUAGAGAUACUGGCAGGUGGAUUGUGUUAUGAGUUUAUUUUGAACUUUCUUUAAAAAAAAUGCUGAACAUCUGCAGAGUUAAGCUUGACUUGUCCAUUUGUGAAGUUUGGGAACAACCAGUUGACUGAACAGUCCCAACCCAAGGUUCACUACCCUGCUUGUUCUGGAGCUUUUGACCGUAUCACAGUCCUCAUUAGCAAACGGAUUAAUUUACAGAGACUGCUCAGUAUAGAGAAGAGGUCCCAUUCCCAUAGGUGCCAACAGUCAUAGAACGUUUGAAGAUACUCGGCUAAUAAGGACUGUACGAUAUGGAUGGAAGCACCUAAACUCAUUAUUAACGACAGGCACCGUUUUGGAAUUCUAAGGCAGAGCUAAAUCAGCUGUAUUAGAAUCGGACCAAAGUGUGUACUUGUUAGGAGGUUAAUGGAUUACUGUGUUGACAUUUCGUGGGAUUUGUUAAUAAUAAAAAGAAAAACUGACGUUUUUAUCCUUCUUAAUCCUUUAUGUUCAACUGUGUGAACUUUCCCCAUCACUGUCUGCAGUAUGCUGCUGUAUACAACACAGCCUAAAAAAUGAAAAAUGAUUUUUCCUCAUAUUUUAUCACCUGAAAUUCCCUUUUUUUGUUGUGUUAUUUUAUUUUCACUUGUAUCCCUGUUGUAUGUGUUAAAUUAUUUUUAAAGUUUGUAAAUGUUGAGCUAUAAACCUUAAAUAAAUGUAUGUGUGCACAUUUCA